AUGGCGCUCCUGGAGCAGACGGACCGGCAGUGGAGCGCCGUCCCGGGCGGCGCGGCUCAGCCCGAGCCCGAAGAAGAAGAUUCAGCGACGUUGGAGGCACUGGAACCGGCGGACGACGCGGAGCUGGAGCCGGAGGCAGCGGGCAGGGGCAUGGUCGCCGGGUGCUGCUGCGUGUGCAUGGCCCGGGCCAAGGGCGCGGCCUUCAUCCCCUGCGGCCACACCUUCUGCCGCGCCUGCGCCCGCGAGCUCGUCGCCGGCCGCGGCCGCUGCCCGCUCUGCAACGCCGCCAUCGUCGACGUCCUCGACAUCUUCUGA